AUGGCUGAAUCCGCUUCUCCUCCUCGCUCUCUGCCCUCUUCCCCUUCCUUCCACGGCCGCUCCUCAUCGCGGCCCUCGCUCUCCAUCGACCUAUCCAACAUCCCCGCGCUGUCGCAGCCAUCACCACCAUCAAACACUCUCUUGAUCACUGAUCUCAACGACCUCUUCGUCUUCCAGCCGUCCUCGCUUGAUGCGAUCCGCGCCCAGAUCACCGUGAUUGCUCGUCUGAACUCAUUUUCACCGCUUCCGUCCUUCCGGCGCAUCGUCUGCUCAUUCCAUUCCGACGCCGACGCCAUCGCCGUCCGCAAGCAUCUUGAAGGCACCAGACUCCUGAACCGCAACGUGCGGCCCCGGAUUUACUUCGGCGAACCCACGCCCAUUCUCAGCGAAGAGGAACUGCACCUCCCCCCCCACGGCUGGACUAUGCGCAACGAGGACCCACCUAAUAAGGAAGUACACGCUAGUGAUCUGGCCACCGCUCUUGCUAAGCUCAAGACCGAUCACGUCGAGCCUGCGCCCGUUGAUCCCGCUACGCCGGUGUCUAUCUCCUCCGAUAAUCCAGCACUAUCCUAUUUCAAUCCGGAAGACCACGGCCACAGCCCUAACCUACCGGCUGUUAUGGUUGAGGAUGUCAGUCUGCCGGAUGUCGAGGAUGAGGAUGUCGAUAUGGAUCUGGACUUGAGUCCCGCUGAGAUGUCGUUGAAAAAGAUGCCGCCUAAGACGGCGCGGCCUCCGGUUGAGCUGAUGGAGUAA